GCGCAGCGAACUUCGCCGAGGCUUUAUGGGGGUUCAGCAUCGCGCCCAUUCUCAGCACCGUAUUCUCGCUACUGUCAGUAAAGACUCGCGUCGAGUUUCCACGUGCAGCGCCGCGGAGGAUAGUGCCCGCGAUAAAUUAAAUAAAUUAAAGAAGAAAAACGGUACAAGUUUUUAAACCUCCCAACAAUAAAAUUUCAAUAAACUCAGUGUUUCCGGAAGCUAAGAAAAAUGCACACCGUUCAUUCGUCGGAGGGUUCGAAUCGUCGCGUCAAAUUGGCGCCCUGUUAACCCCGUAUUUAUUAACCGAUCCAUUUGAUCUAAUUAUAACGUUGCGUCGUUGUAUUUUUUUAUUUUUCUCUUCAAUUUUUUUAGUUCGUUGUUUGUUGUUUUUUCUUUUUCUCUUCUUCCUGCUGUUGUUUUCUCUCUGGUUCGAUUUUCCCUAUUAUUUUUCUACAUCGUCGAUUUUUUUUUUCCCCCUCAGGGACAGGUGUGAACGGUGAUUAUACAAAUCGGGUUGGGAUAAUUGAUUAUUUAAUCAUUGUGACGAUCGGUUAUCGAGUGUGAAACACAGUGACGAACGAGUAUGGAUAUUAAACAAACGCAAUUCCGUAAUCCUGACAAGUAAUUGAAACAGCUAAUAACGAUAAAUUAAUACUAAAUAAAAAGUCUCGUACGUCGUACAUAUAACAGUCGUUACGCAUAAAUGCGGUGAUUUUUUUUCCGUUCUCAAGCACGUUCGAAUUUGAAGAGGGUGAGAGUCGAGGGGUCGUAUUUAACCGCGAGAAUUAACGGGAGGUUUGAAUAAAUUGAAUAGAUAGCGGAGGAUAAAUUUAAAUAAAAAAAAAAAAGAAAAAAAGCAAAAAAGAAAAAACACCGUUUUUCAUGACAAGUUUCGGUGAGUAGCAUUCGUAGCUCAGGUGUCGGUAAAAUGGAGUCGGACAUAAACUGGUCACGGAAAGGGCUCGAGCAGCAGGAAGCUGCAGCGGUGCCGAAGAAGUUCCGGAAGGGUAUGAUGACCGGAAGCGGGACUGAGAGCAAUGGAUUUACGUGGGCUAUGUGCGCGCUGUGUCUCGCGAGUAUCGCUAUUUCCGGCGUUUUGGCCUUCCGCGAGUUCCGGCUUGAGGCAAGGAUCGCCAAUUUGGAGGCGCGCUGCGCGUCUCAACAGCUGCACCAGGAAUCGCCGGAAGUUUUGAUCCGGAGGCUGCAUCGCGAGAUUCGAACCCAGGUCGAAUCUCGUCUGGUACAACCGGAGCCACCCGUCUUCAGGGUCAGACGCGAAGUCACCGAGAACUGCAAUUGUCCGGCAGGUCCGCCAGGUCCUCCGGGACCUCCGGGUAAGCGAGGGAAAAAGGGAAAGAAAGGUGACUCGGGGGAUGCAGGUGCGCCGGGAGUGACAGGACCGCCGGGCAAGAAUGGUUUUCCGGGGAGCAAAGGCGACAAAGGAAACCGUGGCGAUACGGGUCCCAUUGGACUGGAUGGGCCGAAAGGAGAUCCGGGCAGACCUGGUGACAAGGGGCAGAAGGGAGACCUUGGCAAUCCUGGCUUCGACGUCUUCUCGGCUGUAAAGGUGAAUGCACAGGGAUUGGGGUUAAAGAGAUCGGUGACGACGCUACGCGGAGGAACUCUUGGCUAUGCAGAAAUCGUCGCCCUGAAGGGACUUCAAGAUCGAGGGAUUAAUAUCUCGGCGGAGACCGUCAUUCAGCUGAAAGGUGAGCCGGGUGAACCAGGACCACCAGGACCUCCGGGUCCUCCGGGAUCGGAAGGAGUUCCAGGACACGAUGGACGGCAAGGAGUACCGGGCGAAGUUGGUCCUCCGGGUGAAAAGGGCGCGCAAGGACCCAUAGGUCCCAUCGGUCCCACAGGCCCACCAGGAGUUUCCGGACCAAAGGGCGACAGAGGCGACAAGGGCGAUCGGGGAUUAACGACGAAGCUAAACGGCGAUGAGUUCCCAACGGGCAUCAUCGAGGGUCCACCUGGCCCUCCCGGACCUCCCGGGGCCCAAGGCGAGAAGGGAGAAUUGGGCCCGACCGGGCCCCCCGGUCUACCCGGCGAGAAAGGCCCCCGUGGGAAACGCGGCAAGCGGGGUUUCAAGGGCGGUAAACCGGAGGUGAUUGAACGGGGUUUACCCGGCGAACCGGGACUGCCGGGACCGAAGGGCGAGAGGGGAGAACGCGGAUACCGCGGCGAGAAGGGUGUCAAGGGCGAGACUGCCGCGCCAGGCUCGAAGGGCGAUCUUGGACCUCAGGGUCCUCCGGGAGGUGACGGACUUAACGGCGAGGCUGGAAUCCAAGGACCUCCAGGAAUGCCGGGACUUUCUGGGCCGAAGGGUGAAAAGGGUGAAUACGGUGACAUUGGGCCGCCGGGUCUUAUGGGUCCUCCUGGGUUGCCUGGACCGCCGGGCUACCCGGGUCAGAAAGGUGAGAAGGGAGAAAAGGGAGAAUCGAAGUACAAAAAAUUGAGAAGAAGACAGGGUGACGGCACCUUCGAAGUUAACGCCGGCGAAGUGAUAAUGGGCCCACCUGGGCCUCCUGGGCCAGCUGGAGUUCCCGGACUUCAGGGUCCACCUGGAAUAAAGGGAGACCGAGGUCACGACGGUGCAAAGGGUGACCCUGGCGAAAAAGGAACGAAGGGUGACCCUGGCCCAAUGGGACUGCCUGGUCCCAUGGGAUUGAGAGGAGAGUCUGGAAGACCAGGAGACACCGGUAAACCUGGCAACAUGGGGCCGGCAGGAUUAGACGGCAUGAAGGGUGCUCAAGGCGAACCUGGAACGAAGGGAGAACGUGGAGACCCAGGACUGCCUGGAACAGACGGGAUUCCAGGUACCGAGGGACCAAAAGGUGAUAAAGGCACCACGGGCCAGGCUGGUCCGCCAGGUAAGCGAGGAAGAAAAGGCGACAAGGGUGACAAAGGAGACCAAGGUGUUCCUGGACUAGAUGCCCCGUGUCCUUUGGGAGCCGAUGGACUUCCGCUUCCUGGAUGCGGCUGGAGACCACCCAAGGAAAUGAUGAGUACGCCAGGACCCGCGCCUGACGGUCCUGAACCAGCGGAAACGGAUUACGAGGAACCGGAAGAAGAAUACGACGAUUACCCAGACCAAAACGGAAAUAUGGCAGAGAAAUAAAUGCUCAUCACGUGACUCACAUUCCUCCCAAAACUAACGUGACCUGAGAUGGAGAUCCCGAAGGCUUCACGCGAUCCUGGAUUCUUCUUCAAGAAUAUGAACCAGACGAGGAAGAGAACGCCAGGAUAUGAUCAUUUCUACGAAUAAGAAGAAAUUUUUCUUUUUCUCCCUGUCUCUCUCUCUCUAUCUCUCUUUCUCUCUCUCGCUCUCUUUCUCUCUCAUCAAUAAACGCGCAUCAUAAUUCAACAAUAACGAAUUACACGUAUCCUAUAAUAAUUAUUAUUCCAUUUCUUUCACUUCUUCUAUUAUAUUUCUUUCUUUACUCUUUCACAACGUAUAUAUGUUAAAAAAAAUAAUCAAGUCAAUAUUUAAUUAUUAAAAAAACAUCCUAUUCAUAAGUGUUGUAAAUAAAUGUACUUACAGUGUCUAAUAGCAGCGCCAACUAUGCGUGUACAUAAUGAUAAUAAUAGUUAUUGUAACAUAACAAUCGUAACGCCGAUGAGAAUAGCAACAUUGAAUUAUGAUGGUAAUUAUAAUAACAGUAUAUAAAGUUAUUCGUUGAAGAACGUACCUUGUAAUUAAAUGCAUUCGUUUCGAUGAAUUUGAAUGAUUAUUAAAUCGAAAGGGCUUUAACCAGCUUAUGCCCACGUUUGGAAACUCGUUUGCAUAGAAGAUGCUGAAUUGACAAUGAAAAUAAUUUAUUACAAUAAUUAUUAAUUUUUUUCCAAUUAAUCAUUGUACUCGUGUACAGUUUUUCAAGAAAUAUUCUUACGUACGUAGUUAAAACACUACAUUAUAACUUGUAUAAUUAGGAAGUAGGAACAAUUAAACGUACAUUGAAAUAUACACAUAUAUAUAUUUAUAUUACGUAUCUAAUUUAUAAACGACGGAAUUUUCAAUUAUCAUUGUAUCGUGUAUAGGUAAAACUAUCAUUAUUAUAUAACAUCAUACACUUAUUCCGAUUAAUUAACAAUGCUAAGAGAAAAGUAGUAUAAUUAUUUACUUUCAUAUUGACACAAAAAGAGAAAAUUACGCAACGUCGGACGAACUUCGGUGAAUAAAGAUAGCGUAACAAGCGUCAGCAAAUUUCAUCGGUAAUUUUAUCAUUGUGGCAAGUAAUAUUUUUUACACGAUUAAAUUGUUAUAACGUUAUGUAACGAUAAUCUCUAACUUUACCAUUUAUCACUGCGGAAUGCAGAUAACGUUAGUUUUAAGACUUUUAGGGAAAAUAUUCCUUGUACACAUGUCAAUAUUAACAUUAUAUAUAUAUAUUAUAUAUAUAUAAUAUAUAUAAUAUAUAUAUAUAUACAUGUCUAAUAUAUAUCUCUAUGCAUAUAGGUAUAAUGUUGUUAUAACAUAUAUACUCUGUAUACAAAUAACCGAUUUUCCAUGUAUGAUAUAUACCUGUCUACGCUUACGCCGUUUCGACAGUUUUCACUGCGUUAUUAUUCAGUGAAUCGCGUUGUAUCGAUAAAAAGUUUAUCUCACGAUGUGCAGCAAUCAUCUCUGGUUAAGAGGGCACUGAAUAUAGGAUCAGAGUAUCUCGUGGUAUGACGCUGUCAUAUUUUGCUAAGCUAGAUAUUUUUUAACGCGUUAUUUUGAUGGAUAAAAGCGACCUCUUAAUUAUUUACGUAAUCCUCGUUCGAUGCAUGCACAUUUAAUCUCGAACAUAUCAAACAACCUCACUUUCAUCUUGAUUUUUGUAAUAUUAAUUCGAAAGAACUGAUCUGGUGUAUAAAUCAAAUAUAUUGUUAAAAUAAUCUUCAUUUCACGCGUGUUACGUAAUGCGUAAAGUAAAUAUGAAGCAAAAAGUGGACGAGAAAAUAGCUGAAAAUAACGAAUCUGUUUGUAAAAUUCCAUUAAUCUAGAUUCUAGACCAUUCCAAAUUCUUGAUAUCUGAAACGCGCGUCAUUGAUCUCUGCCUUAACUCAGCGAACCAUCAACCAGGUCAUUUCCAUCGGGAAAGAUUAUCAGUCUGUGACCGAAGUGUCCGCAGUAUAUUUAAAUCUGUCACAUACAUAAUUCAAUAUAUUAUAAUUUUAAACGCAAAUUUU